AUGGCCACAGACAAGGUGACACUGACAGAUGCUUUGUCAAAUGUGGACGUGCUCGAUGAACUUACACUGCCUGACGAACAACCGUGUAUAGAAGCACAACCGUGUUCAAUUCUUUAUCAAGCUGAUUUUGAUACAAAUUUCGAAGACCGUAAUGGAUUUGUAACAGGCAUAGCAAAAUAUAUUGAAGAAGCCACUGUCCACGCCAGUCUUAAUGAAUUAUUAGAAGAAGGACAAGUGCAUGCGGUCAUGCUUUACACGUGGCGUUGUUGUUCAAGAGCAAUUCCACAGCCAAAAUCCAAUGAACAACCUAAUCGAGUUGAGAUAUAUGAGAAAACUGUUGAGGUUUUAGGACCAGAAGUUAACAAACUGCUUCAGUUCAUGUAUUUCCAAAGGAAAGCAAUCGAACGGUUUUGUGGAGAAGUUAAACGUUUGUGCCAUGCUGAAAAACGAAAAGACUUUAUAUCUGAAGCAUAUAUACUAACGCUCGGAAAAUUUAUUAAUAUGUUUGCUGUGCUUGAUGAAUUGAAAAAUAUGAAAUCUAGUGUAAAAAAUGAUUAUUCAAGCUAUCGCCGAGCCGCUCAAUUUUUAAAAGUGAUGGCAGACUCUCAUACACUUCAAGAAUCUCAAAAUUUAUCUAUGUUCUUGGCAACACAGAAUAAAAUUAGAGACACAGUUAAAGAAAAUUUAGAAAAAAUUCCUGCGUAUGAAGAACUUUUAUCAGAUGUUGUCAAUUUGUGUGUCCAAAUGUUUGAAUCAAAAAUGUACCUUACUCCAUCAGAAAAACAUAUGCUUGUGAAGGUUAUGGGAUUUGGAUUGUUUCUCAUGGACAAUGAACUAUGUAAUAUUAAUAAAUUAGAUCAGAAGAAAAAACUGAAUUUAGGAAAAAUUGACAGAAUUUUUAAGAAUCUGGAAGUUGUCCCUCUAUUUGGAGACAUGCAGAUAGCACCAUUUAAUUAUAUCAAGCGAUCUAAACAUUUUGAACCAGGACGUUGGCCUUUAUCUAGUUCACCACAAAUUAGUCCACAAGCGGAUCUCAUGGUACAUUUACCUCAAAUAAGAGAAGAUCAUGUAAAGUAUAUUAGUGAAUUGGCUCGUUAUAGUAAUGAAGUAACAACUACAUAUAAAGAAACAAGAACAGAUACUGAAAACAAAGAUACAGCUGAAUUGGCAUUAAGAGGGUUACAACUUCUGUCUGAGUGGACAAGUGUUGUGACAGAGCUCUAUUCUUGGAAAUUACUUCAUCCUACUGAUCACCAUCAAAACAAAGAAUGUCCUGUCGAAGCUGAAGAAUAUGAACGAGCCACACGUUACAAUUAUACAGAUGAAGAAAAAUUUGCACUUAUUGAAGUAAUAGCCAUGAUAAAAGGAUUACAAGUUCUUAUGGCUAGAAUGGAAACAGUUUUUACAGACACUAUUCGUCGUAAUAUCUAUGCAGAAUUACAAGAUUUUGUUCAAUUAACAUUGAGGGAACCAUUAAGAAAGGCUAUUAAGAAUAAAAGAGAUCUUAUUAGAAGUAUACUAGUUUCAGUUCGAGAAACUUGUGCUGACUGGCAAAGAGGUGUAGAGCCAUCAGCAGAUCCAGCUUUGAAAGGGAAAAAGGAUCCAGAUGUUGGAUUUGGAAUUAAAGUGCCCAGAAGGAAUGUUGGUCCUUCAUCUACUCAACUCUACAUGGUUAGAACAAUGUUAGAAUCAUUAAUUGCAGAUAAAUCUGGUGGUAAACGUACUUUACGAAAAGAUAUUGAUGGACAAUAUCUGAUGCAAAUUGAUCAAUUUCAUAAGACUUCAUUUUUUUGGAGCUAUCUCCUUGGUUUUAGUCAGUCAUUACAACAAUGUUGUGAUCUUUCACAACUAUGGUAUCGUGAAUUUUAUUUGGAAAUGACUAUGGCAAGACGUAUUCAAAAAUGUACUGUUAAACAUCAGCACAAUGAAGAAUGCAGCGAUUUAAUUACAAUGGAGAAAAGAAUUCAGUUUCCGAUUGAAAUGUCAAUGCCUUGGAUAUUGACUGAUCAUAUUUUGAAGACAAAAGAACCGUCCAUGAUGGAAUACGUCUUAUAUCCGUUAGAUUUGUACAAUGACAGUGCUCAUUAUGCUUUAACUGUAUUCCGUAAACAGUUUCUAUAUGAUGAAGUUGAGGCUGAAGUGAAUCUUUGCUUUGAUCAAUUUGUUUACAAAUUAAGUGAGCAAAUCUUUGCUCACUAUAAACAAUUAGCAUCAAGUAUAUUAUUGGACAAGAGAUUCCGUGUGGAGUGUGUUGCUAUGGGUACAUACCUUAUUUUAUAUCCAAGAGCAAACAGAUAUGAAACUCUGUUAAAACAACGACACGUGCAAUUAUUGGGGCGUAGUGUAGAUUUAAACAAACUGAUCACUCAGCGAGUUAACGCAGAUAUGUUAAAGUCUCUGGAGCUAGCUAUUGCAAAAUUUGAAGGUGGUGAUAUCACUGGUAUUGUGGAAUUGGAAGGUAUUAUGCAAGUAAACAGAUUGUGUCACAAAUUGUUAUGUAAACAUCUAGCUUUGGAUGAAUUUGAUGCAAUGUUCCGUGAGGCUAAUCAUAAUGUGCUGGCUCCAUAUGGCCGUAUCACUUUGCAUGUUUUCUGGGAAUUAAAUUAUGAUUUUUUACCAAACUAUUGUUAUAAUGCCGCUACCAAUCGUUUUGUUAAAUGUCGAGGCAUAAGUUUUACACAACCCGUACAAAGGGAUAAACCUCCUCAAAUGGGACACCAAUAUCUGUGGGGCAGCAAACAAUUGAAUCUUGCAUAUACUACUAUUUACGGACAGUAUACUGGAUUUGUUGGUGCUCCACAUUUUCGUACUAUGUGUAAAAUGUUAGGCUAUCAAGGAAUUGCUGUUGUUAUGGAAGAAUUGUUAAAAAUAGUCAAGUCAUUAAUUCAGGGGAAUCUUUUACAAUUUGCAAAAACAUUAAUGGAAGCUAUGCCCAGGCAAUGCAAAUUACCACGAUAUGAUUAUGGAUCACCUGGUGUUCUAGGUUAUUACCAUGCCCAGCUUAAUGAUAUAGUGCAAUACCCUGAUGCAAAGACCGAAUUGUUUCACAAUUUUCGAGAAUUAGGCAACACAAUUUUAUUUUGCUUGUUGAUGGAACAAGCAUUAUCUCAAGAAGAAGUUUGUGACCUUCUACAUGCUGCACCAUUCCAGAACAUUUUACCUAGACCUUUUACUAAGGAAGGUGAAAAGACAGAAAGUAAACAAAAACGAUUAGAAGCAAAGUAUGCUGCUUUACAAAUUGUUCCUAAUAUUGAGCGAUAUGGAACAGCUAAACAAGUUACAAUAGCUCGUGAUGGAGACCUAUUAACACGUGAGCGUUUAUGUUGUGGUCUAUCAAUAUUUGAAGUGGUACUUUCAAGACUUCGAGGUAUGUUAGAUGACCCUGUAUGGGUGGGUCCACCACCUCAAAAUGGCGUAAUGAACAUAGACGAGUGUACAGAAUUUCAUAGACUAUGGUCGGCACUUCAAUUUGUGUAUUGCAUACCGGUGGGUGAUACGGAGUUUACUGUUGAGGAGCUUUUUGGCGAAGGACUUCAUUGGGCAGGUUGUACUAUGAUUGUUUUACUUGGCCAACAGAGAAGAUUUGAGGCACUUGACUUUUGCUAUCACAUACUUCGAGUCCAACGAGUUGACAGCAAAGAUGAUAAUGUUAAAGGAAUCCACUUGAAACGUAUGGUUGACAGGAUACGUCGUUUUCAAGUAUUGAAUUCACAGAUUUUUGCUACAUUGAACAAAUAUUUAAAAGCUAAUGAAACAGAUGCUAGCGCAGUAGAACAUGUUAGAUGCUUUCCACCUCCCGUACAUCCAUCUCAUCCUUCAUCACAUUAUUAUAGACCUGAUCAAACUGGGUCAAGAUAA